GGAGCGUAUUACUUCUGAUUGAGCUGAGUUUCGUCAGCUGUAUUACUGAUGUAACUUCACAGCAGCAAAGAAAGAGCGUCAUGGUUGAGAAGGCAAGGUUGCUGUUUGUUCCUACAGCUUCCUUUGAUCUCAUUACUUAGAAUCACCACCUCCUCUUUUGUAUCCCGCCGCAGGGUUCACCGUGGGUGUCUAAUACAAGAUGGCUGCUCCGCCAAAUGCUUUUUCGAGCGAGUUACAGAAGUGGAUCUACAACCGUUCUGUAGACUCUAUAUUUUUCAUCACUAUCGGACCAAAAGCAUCUGCAAUUAAUGCACUUACAGCUCUUAUGAACAAAGUAGAGACUAUUCCUGCAGAAAAAAGAGCUGCGGAGUUAGACCUUCGAGGACAAAAUUGCACGGGCGUUGUAGUGGAGGAGGCAGAUGAUCAUCUUAAGAUCUUAACAUGUGCCCAUCUUAUGCAACACGUAUUCAAGAGUUCAGAACCCCUUUCGCUUCAAGAUGCUUGUUCACUUUUUUCUGUAAGAGUGUUGUGUGAUCAUUACGAGCAGAACUUCCGCGGGCAAAGCAGGGUAAGAGCAAGAGUUUAUGCACCAGCUUCCAUGAUUGGCAUCGAUUGCGAGAAAGACUUGCUUCUUCUUCAUGUAUACCGAGCAGAUAUUAAGAAUUUGGGCAGAAGAUGUACCAACAGUCACCAGGGCUUGAUUCUUAGUCCAACUCCUCCAGAAGCUUUCGACAAGUGCGCAAUGAUUUCAUGGCCUCCUGGCCUACCUCGAACAGCUGUUGAAGGAUCAAUUUCUCACCCUUCAAGAACAGUCCGUGACUUGGAACUUGUGAACACCGUUGGAUACACAAUGAACCUCACUCAAGUAGUAAUAGCAAGUGAAAAAGGAAGCUCAGGUGCUCCGUUGUUAGAUGGUAAUGGGAGAAUAAUUGGAUUGUUGCAUGGUGGUUUUGGAGGGCAGUUUACAUACUUUAUCUCCCAUGCUGAUAUCGGACGUUUUCUGAGCCGACAUCACGUGGUACAUGGGAUAUGAGGUGUUAUUUGAUCAUCCUACAGCCCUUGUUCCCUCCUGAGCUCUUAUUGCUAUCCCAUCCACAGUUGCUGCUCGAACUGCUGGUAAACAACAGGGUCAGGUUCAUUAGUGCUGCUCUGUUACC